AGAAGAGGUAUAGCAGGGGAGAUGAGACUUCCAGAGGCAGUUCAAGGAAGGAAUUACUGUACCUAGCAGAAAACUGUGACACAUUUGGCUUUAGCUUUCUAAAGAAUAACUGCCGCUUUCCGUACCAAUUCAUUCUAAUGUAUUCAUAUCAACAUUAAAUAAGGGGGAGAGUGGGGGAAAACAGAAUAAAUCUCGUUAGAGUGAAUGUUUUGGGAAAUGUGACUUCAAAAAGAGGAUCUCAGAGGAUUUUGACUGGAACUCAACAGGAUUUGCGGUGGAGAAAUAUUCAGAAUAGCAUGAGGAAACUACAAGGGAGGGAGCCGCACAAAUUUGACCCCACAUUCAGAGGACCUGUUCACAAUAGGGGCUGCACAGACGUGCUUUGCUGUGUGAUCUUCGUCAUCGUCAUCCUCGGUUACAUCGUUCUGGGAACAGUGGCUUGGAUGCAUGGGGAUCCCCGGAAAGUGGUUUACCCGACAGACAGCUAUGGGCAGUUCUGUGGACAGCAGGGUACUCCUAAUGCAAAUAAAGCCAUAUUAUUUUACUUCAAUAUUUUGCAAUGUGCCAAUCCUACAGUCCUCAUUAACCUCCAGUGCCCUACAACUCAGCUGUGUGUAUCCAAGUGCCCAGACAGAUUCGCCACUUACAUCGACAUGCAAUACAACUAUAGACGCAAUAAGAGCUACUGGGAAUACUACAAGCAAUUUUGCAAGCCGGGCUUCAACAAUCCUGAUAAGUCGGUUUCUCAGGUGCUUCGGGAUGAAGAUUGUCCCUCAAUGAUUGUGCCAAGCAGGCCAUUUCUUCAGAGGUGCUUUCCCGAUUUCAUCACCAGAAACGGGACAUUAACUGUUGCCAACCAAACAAGCUUCAAAGAUGGGCACGGUAAAAUCAGAAGUGUCAUCGAUCUGAGAGAUGCAGCCACCAAAGUUACGGCUGUGCAGCAAGGAACAGAAAGUGGCAUCACCAGCCUGUUGGAUGCAAAGGAGGUGGGCGUCAAAAUCUUUGAGGAUUACGCCAGCUCCUGGUUUUGGAUCCUAAUUGGUCUGGUGAUAAGUAUGCUGGUCAGUCUGAUCUUCAUUCUGCUGCUGAGGUUCACCGCUGGCGUUCUCUUCUGGAUGGUCAUCUUCGGGGUCAUCGCGGCUGUUGGCUAUGGAAUAUGGCAUUGUUACUGGGAGUACAGUUCACUCAAGGGGAAGCCAGACUCUGACAUCACCAUCUCAGACAUUGGAUUCCAGACUGACUUCCGGGUUUAUUUGCAGCUGAGUCAGACCUGGCUCAUAUUCAUGAUCUCCUUGGCUGUCAUUGAAGCUAUCAUCAUCUUAGUGCUGAUAUUCCUGCGGAACAGAGUUCGUAUUGCCAUUGCUCUUCUAAAGGAGGGCAGCAAGGCAAUUGGCUGCAUCAUGUCAACACUGUUCUAUCCCAUCAUCACCUUCCUGCUUCUGGCUCUUUGUAUUGCAUACUGGGCUGUUACAGCCGUGUUCCUGGCAUCAUCUGGAGAUGCAGUGUAUAAAGUAAUGUCAACGCUACCUGACUGCAAGUACACCAACUUCACCUGUGACCCAGAGACCUUCAGUCAGUCCAACGUGACUAAACUGUGUCCGGGCUCCCAGUGCACGUUUGCUUUUUACGGUGGGGAGAGUUUGUACCACCGUUACAUCUUUGUUCUUCAGCUCUGCAAUUUCCUGGUCUUCCUCUGGCUGGUGAAUUUCACCAUCGCUCUGGGUCAGUGCACCCUCGCCGGGGCUUUUGCCUCAUAUUACUGGGCCUUGAGGAAGCCAGCAGACAUCCCACCUUGCCCGCUGGCUUCAUCUUUUGGCAGGGCUUUAAGGUAUCACACAGGCUCUCUUGCAUUUGGAGCUCUGAUUCUGUCCAUUGUACAGUUCAUCCGGAUUAUUCUGGAGUAUCUCGACCACAAACUGAAAGGUGCUCACAAUGCAUUUACACGCUUCCUGCUUUGCUGCCUAAAAUGCUGUUUCUGGUGCCUAGAGCACUUCAUCAAGUUCAUGAACAGGAAUGCUUACAUUAUGAUUUCAAUAUAUGGGAAGAAUUUCUGUGCCUCAGCGCGAGACGCUUUCUUCCUGUUAAUGAGGAACGUUAUGAGAGUUGCUGUUCUGGACAAGGUGACUGACUUCCUGCUGUUCUUGGGCAAACUGCUGAUCUCAGGGAGUGUGGGUGUCCUUGCGUUCUUUUUCUUUACCCGCCAAAUACCAGUGAUCCAGGAAGAGGUGCCAUCAUUAAAUUAUUACUGGGUCCCUCUUUUGACUGUGAUAUUUGGAUCGUAUAUGAUCGCACACGGGUUCUUUAACGUCUACGCCAUGUGUGUAGAUACAUUGUUCCUCUGCUUCUUGCUCGAUCUGGAGAAGAACGACGGUUCGGCGAGCCGUCCGUAUUACAUGGCCAGCAGCCUGCGUGCCAUCCUCAACAAGAAGAACCACAAGAGACCAGAGGAGAAAAAGAAACGUAGAAAACAGAAGAAGUAGCAACCAAACAAAAGGCACUGACGUGUAAAACAGAUUCUGGUUAUUCUGUUUUUUGAAUUAAGCAAUAUUCAGUCACGUAUGUAGUUGUAGAUCUGCAUCUUUUUUGUUCAUUAUGCAAGUAAAUAUAAUUGACAGUACGCAACUAAAUGAACUGAGAUUACUUUGUGUUUAUGGAUGUGUAGAAAUGUAUGGAUUUUUAUAGAUUUUAGUCAUUUUUAACCGAUUCUUGUCUUUUAUAUUAGCCAUAACACCCAUUUGGGGUGAAACUGCCACUUCUCUCAUAUUGAGAAAAUGACCGGUAACAUUUAUUCGCUUUUCACUAAAUGAAUUUCUCUCAACUUUUAUAAGUUGCAGUUUGUAAUUGCAGUUCAGCUGAAGUGCCUUAUUCUAAUACACAGUUAACAGCUCUUUUAACCUCAACCACAUGUUGAUAUGAGCCCUUUUCUGCUGUGCAGAGCUUAUAACUCUAUUUAUUCUUUCAUUACUGCUCUUAUUCAUCCACCCAACUGCAUUUCUCAUCAAGCCGAUUGCUCUCUAGCAGUAGGAGGUUACUUGCACUCCUCGCUCCUUCAGAGUGUGAUUUGAUUGUGUCCGUUCACACUUCAUUUUAGUCAGGGAAGGACUUGAAUUUAUCUUAAUAACACCUUGAUAUGAAUAUGUGUACAGAGUAGCGGUAGUUAUUUUAUGUGAACUAAUUUCUGCUCAUAUUUUGAUGUCAUUACCAUCAGUUUGAAGUAUUCGUUGCUCUUUCUCUUAUCAAGUAUUACGUUUAUUCAUUACUAGUUUUAUGUUGUUUAAGAACACUUGAAUGUGAACUGUGAUUGAUAUUCAGCUUUCGUAAUUCAUCUAAAUUGUAUUUUGAGUUUAACACCUGUCUUAAUCAUGUCAUUGGUAUGUAAUUCUUAUUAUAUUUUACAGUGUGGUAAACGUUAUUUUUAUAAACAUAUAUUGUGUUAUUUUGCAAGGCUUUAAUAACACUGUAUGAUGUAAUCCAAGUGCAUGCAAGGAUGAUUUUGGAAAUAAAGUAUUUCAUAAACACA